AUGGCACCCAUUCUCUCGAUGCUCGCGACCGGUCUUGUGGCCAUCAACGUUGCGCUCGCCCAUCCGGGACAUUCUGUUCGGCAAGAAGCCGCUGAGCGUGGCCAGUGGUUGCGAGCUCGUCAACCCAACUCCGUUCGAUCUUGUGCAGGGGAACUGCAACGACGAGGUCAUCUUGAAGCUGCUCUCGCUCGUCGACAGGAGCUGGCUAAGCAUGCUCGUGCUAAGCGAGGCCUCACCAGCAAGCGUUUCAAGCGCCGUGACUUUGCGGAAUACAACAUCUCUCAUACAUCCGACUUAGACGUCACGAUGGGAUCUGAUGAGCUCUCGUUGUUCUCUGACAAUUCUAGUUGCGUCCUGCAGCCGGAGGUCACCCAAGGGCCGUACUACAUCGAUGGCGAGAAUAUCCGUAGCGAUAUCACGGAAGAUCAGGCAGGUGUGCCGCUUUACCUCGAUGUACAGCUAGUUGACACUAGCACUUGUGAGCCGGUCCGUGCCGUGUUCAUCGAUAUUUGGCACUGUAACGCCACAGGUGUAUACUCUGGGGUAUCCGCAUCUGGAAAUGGUAACGAGGACGAUACAGAGAAUAUCCAAAACACCUUCCUUCGCGGUAUCCAGCCAACCGACAUCAACGGCGUAGCUCAAUUCGAGACCAUUGUCCCCGGGCACUACACCGGCCGCGCUCCUCACAUCCACGUUCYCAGCCACAACACCAACACCACGAUCGUCAGGACCAACGGUACCAUCCUCGAGGGCUUCGGAAACUUCUCCACCCAUGCCUCGCACGUCGGUCAAAUAUUCAUAGACCAAGAUCUCCUGACACGGGUCUCGGAAACUGCACCUUACAACACCAACACACAGGAACUGACACUCAACGCCGAUGACAGCAUCCUUUCUGAAGAAACGGAGAGCAUGGAUCCCUUUGUGCAGUAUGUGCUCAUUGGUGAUGAUAUCGAGGAUGGUAUCAUGGCUUGGAUUAGCUUGGGAAUUGACCCGACUGCUGAUUCUGAGGUCACUUCUGCUGGAACCCAUUAUGAGUCAGGCGGUGUUGCGAACGAGAACUCCGGCAUGGGUGGCGGUGGCGGCGGUCCAGGUGGCAACAGCACUGGCGGUGCGCCUACUGGCAGUAUGCCUAGCGAUGCUGUUCCCAUGAGUAGCGCUCCAGCCAGUUCAGCAUCUGCUUACUAG